AUGGGUUUUACAACCGGCUUCGUACGUCACCUAAGUCCUCACCAUGAUACCAUUCCUGCGAGCCUCUUAUGCCGUCCUUGUUCUAACCAGAAAUUCUCUUCACAGCUCGGCGGCCUAACCCUAACCUACUCCCUCCUCUACCUCUCCCUGUACCUGCACCGCACCAACCGAACACAGCAACAUACGCUCCUAUCCCAACAGUCGCUGCUACUGAACUCUCUCCUCGAACGCCCCACAUCCAGUUUAUCCUCAACCUCGAGAACGAGAAGGACAAGGAUAGAUCCCGAGACGCUGGAGGUGGAAGAACGGUGGAAGAAGGAUUCCCUGACAGAGAGAUUGAAGGAUAGGUGGAAUGGGGAGGUGGAGGGCAUGGUUAGGAGGGUGGCGGAGACGGAUUGGAGGGCGGUGAGGGAACGUUGGGAGAGGAGGGGGUUGAAUCUGUGGAGGAAUAUGACUACCACUAAGGACUAA